UCUGUUCUGAUCGAAUGUCCGUUUAGAUAUAGCAAAUUCAACGACCUGACGAGAAAUCUAUUGUGGAGAAGCUGGGUUUUGGUCAAAGAAAGUGUUUUAAACUUAACAAAAAUGAAACAAAUUGCUCUAGUUUUAAUCAUUGGAUUAACCGGUCCAGUGUUUGCCGACAAAGAUGCGACCGUCCUCAGGCAUGACGCUGAAGUGAAUGUGGAUGGAUCCUAUCAGUUUGCAUAUGAAACAUCAAAUGGAAUUACCCACGAAGAGCAAGGUGCUUUGAAAAAUGUCGGCGAUGAGCAAGCUCAGGUUGCUCAGGGACAAUUCUCGUAUACGGAUCCGGAAGGUAACAAAUUCUCCCUCCAGUAUGUUGCUGAUGAGAAUGGGUUCCAACCUCAGGGAGACCAUCUGCCGACUCCUCCUCCAAUUCCAGUUUUGAUCGAAAAAGCCCUACGAAUUUUGGCUGAAAAAUCCCAACAAUAA